ACAUCAACUUUCACUUUCGCUUUAUUUUAUUACAGCCUUGUCCGGGAAUGAAUUCAGGUUAUGACAGUGAUCUUGUCGCUGCAUUACGGGACGUAGUAAAUGGAACAAAUUGGUUUUGUGCAGGGCCUGUACCCAGGUUGAAAAAAUACGUUUGUAACAGAUACUAUGCAGAUGAUGGAGAAGACAUUGUGUUGAUCUACAGUAAAAAGAACGACAAAUUCUAUGCACUCGGAGCUGUGUGCUCACAUGAAGGUGGCCCUCUGGAACAGGGGGAUAUUGAGGAUAUUGAUGGUCAGGAGAAGAUUGUAUGUCCUUGGCACUCCUAUGAUUUUGAUUUAAAAACCGGGCAGUCAUCUUACGGACUGAAACAAGAUGUGUACAGAGUUUGUAUAAAGGAUGACAAUGUGUAUAUCUACUCGGCCAGUGAACUGUCAAUCAAACCAUUCAAGAGCCCCAUCAUCAAGAAAGCCACAGACAAAACAGGUGAGGAUGAUGAUCAUUUUGUGGAGAGAGAUGAGGACACAACCAGUCUAACAUACUGGGCAACAAAAAUCCUCAAUACAGCCUGCCCUCAACAAAAGGUAGAGCUGACACAAAAAGUUGGUGAAAUGUGGAAUAAAGGGGAGUUAACUGUGGGAUCACAUCGUCCCCCAGACCAACCAGCCAGGGACAAAGAUUUAACAGUCGUCAAACCAGGAAAGGAAAAAAAGAGAGGGAAAGGAGUCUCACUGUCUAGUAGGAUAUCCAACCUGCAUUCUAUGGCUAACAUUGAGCAGUGGGCCAUUGAUUUGUCUUGGGAUAUUAUUGCCCGUUUCUCUAAUGCUACACCAGAGGGCUCUGAUGAGACACUCCCUCGGGGUUUCUAUGAUGAUUUUGUUAAAGUGGCCUGUGAUGAAGCCAAGCACUAUAAAAUGUUGUCAGAUAGACUACAAGACCUAGGCAGUUAUUUUGGUGCUCUUCCUGUUCAUAAUGCGUUAUGGUCGUCAGCAGCUGACACUAAUGGCAGUUUAUUGGCAAGACUUGCUGUUGUUCACAUGGUACAUGAGGCCAGAGGCCUUGAUGUGCAGCCAAUAACACUGGAAAAAUUUGCAAAGAACAAUGACCUGGAAUCAGCAGCCAUCUUGGAGGUCAUUUUCCGGGAUGAAAUAACUCAUGUGGCGGCCGGUUUGAAGUGGUUUACCUAUGUCUGCUCUCAGUCCUGUCCUCCUCUGGAUUGCAUACCAACAUUUCAUAAAUUGGUUCAAGAACAUUAUGGGUCAUAUCUGAAGCCUCCAUUUAAUACAGAAAGCCGAGAUAUGGCAGGAAUGACAGAAGAGUGGUACCUGCCUCUAGUGAAACCUCCGAGUUGAUGUACAUGUAAAUUAGUGCUAGUUUUAACAUGAAUAAACGUUGAAUUAUA